AGUGCGCCAUGGUGCGGUACGGGAGUAGCAGUAGGCCCUUGAGGCUAGUGUAGCAGCAGUGUUGACCGGCUGAGUUGCGUGAAGAUGGUCGUCGGUUGUCGAGUGGGUUGAUAGCCAUUUGUUAAUUUAAUACCACCGGGGCUGACAUCAUCAUGCAGGACUUCGAGCACGGGGAAGAUUUCGGUUCAUUUUGCUAGUGAUUUGUGGUGAUAAUGUUAGUACGUGCUGGGUAGUUAGUGAAUAGAGAAUAAAAACAAAAAUGUGAUUUUUCUUUAAAAUAAAUAAAUAAAAUACGUCUACAUUAAUAGCGUGCACGGAACGAUCAGUGAUUUGUUACAAAAACCUUUGUGAAUCAAUCAGAUGUUAUUCCGUGAUAAAAACUUUCAACAUUUAGCGUUUUAAAAUAUAUCGACUAUCUUUUGUUACGAUUAACUAUCUAAUUUUGUUUGCUUCCUUCCCAUACCGGCAGUGGCAAGCUCCAGGGCAUUGCAAACCCGGCAUGGAAAGUAACUGCUCGUGGGUACGAUUUAUGAAAUUAGAUUAAUUAGUGUCGGCUUCAGUAAGCGCCGGUCGGUUAGAGCGCGUGCUUGACAAGUAUCCGUCCGCGGUACAGGCAGCGUGAAAGUUUUUGCUCACGUACCCCGGGUGUUGCUUUUUUUUCUCUCUCCUGCUUUGUAGUACUUUACGGUCUUGCUUUCAUUAAUUUCCUCCCCAUUGCUUCGACGUCGUGAAAAUGAGUGCGUGACCGGUUUGUGUUGGUGGUGCAUGUACGGCUAGUCGGCAUGGCUGAUGAGAAAUGAAGUACGGUAUACAAAACAAAAAUUCCAUCCCCGUUUCAAUCGACCCUAGGAUAAACGGAGGAACGUUGUACGGUGUGCAAUGCAAUAGAAUGAUCGCUUGUUAAGUGCUGGAUAGAGUGAAGGUAAAAGAAAGUUUGUUUUUAUUACGGAAGAAUAUUUCAUAAAGUGCUCGGAAGUAGUGUGACAGUGGUGGGCGAAAUGUUUUCAAGGUUGUGCAAAAACACAAUCUUCCCAACGGGACUAGCUCAAACAUCAACAGGACCGGCUUCAACUACUAACAACAAUACAGAAAGAUCGGCAGCUUCAACAUCGGCUGGUGCUACCACAGCGCGGACGUCCCAACCGGCGGCUGGAACGAGUGAGACCGCACCGAGCGCAUCGAUACCAGCGCCGUCCGGUGGUUCGGUGGCAGUUGUCGCGGCGGCCAUCGCAGCCGAUCGACGUCGACGGCGUCAGCAGCUGGGCGAACGUAAUCUACCAUCGCUGCCGGUUCUGCCACCGAGAUCCCGUGGACCGAUAAGGGCUCCGGAACCACCGCCACCGUACUGGGCGCAUUACGCACACCGACCGGUUCCAGCGGCGGGACCCACUGCCGAGAGAAUUGGUAGUGCAGCAUCAUCUGCUGCUGGUCGUGGUGCUGCUGCUGCUGCUACUUCUAGUAGGCAUCACACAGCCACGACCACCGACGACAGUGACACCAGCAAUGACAGGCCCCGAGCUCAUCGUGGCAGAUCAACGUCCGGUGAUAGCUCUUCGACUGGUGCCGGCGGACAAGCGGCGAGAGGUCCCGAACGAGCCGAACCUGCCGUACGGCAUCGCUACAACGUACCGAACCAGCAGCGACAGCGCAUUAAGGAGCAUUUGCUAAGUCAGGAUGCGUUUUGUCCAGAUUUGGUGCGGAACUGUAAAAAUAUUGCUACCGAAUCGCCCGAACGUCAAUCAUCGUCCGCGGCAGUAGAGUACGCCGAGAUUGGAGAAUUAAGCCGUAACCUUGCAGCGGUUGCCAUUAACGACGGCGCAUCAACAUCGUCGGCUCGUACAUUGGAAGGACUCGCGCCCGUAUCCAAUUCCGCCGUAUUGCCCGGCCAGCCAUCUUCCGUUGCUGGCACGGGUGUCAGUGCUGCAUCGGCAGCUACUAUGGGUCAAAACUUGAGUAUUCGUAGACCAAAGAUUUCACUCACAUGGGUACUUCGGGAGCAAUCACGCGAAGGAACUACUCUGGCAGGGAACGCUUCGAGUCAUCAGCACCAACAGACAACAUUGCAACAGACGGCGGUGGUGCCAGGUGUUGUAAAGAGCUCUACGAUCGGAUCUCCGCUUGAUAGAACGAGUCAAAGUGUAUCGGGAUGCAAUGGGACUGGAAUGGCAGCUGCACUACACACUACAACCGGACAAACCGUACUACCAGGAGUUGACACCACGAGCACGUCUAUAGGGCAAACGAAUGGGCAAGCUACUGGCGGUGUCACACUGAAUGGUCACAAUCAUCACCAUCAUCAUGUGAUCGUACGGAAAAAGUCCAGAACGCGCAGUAAGGAACGACUCUUUAGCGAGAAGUACGUUAGCGACAACAACCUAUCGGAGUAUCACAGUGAGAAGUUGCGCAGUGUAGCACAUGCGAACGAGUACACAGUUGCGCCAACGGCCGCUGUAUCCGGUGCGGGAUCUAAUCUCUAUCGGAAAAGCAACCGAAAGAAUAGCGAGCGUUUGAAGAAGAAGGAUCGACUAUUGCUUUAUCCGAAUGGGAUCGCGGUGGACGCUAGCGUGCACCACAAUAACAAUAAUCAACAUGCUGUAAAUCUCAACAAGGAACCAGCGUACGGUGAGUCUGGACUGAAAGAGAAGAUCGCAUUGAAGAAUACCUAUUCGGAGCCUUCUCUCUACACAACGGUAUCGGAACCGUCGGCAUCUACCAAACAUCGACAUCAUAGUAGGCAUCACCAUAGGCGGCGACGAGAGCGUUACCGAUCGCAGCGUUUUGGGUACGAAAUUCACAACGUCGACGAGUUCCUGUCCAAGUGUUCCCUAUCCUCACCCGGCAACAUUCCUGUCGUAUUAUCGUCCGCUGCGACACUAUACCAGACACGUCCCGGUAGCUACCAGAUAGAGAUACCGCUACCACUAGGGAUGGUUGUGAAUGCGGUCUUCAAGAACCAGAACUGGCUGUACGUGCAAACGCCCCACGCUGAGGAGGGCUAUGUCGCGUACGAUACCUGCCUACCGCUGGGUAUAUUGCCAUCAAACCAAAGAUCUUCAUCCAGUUCGAAGCCUACGCCCUGCUGGGAGUCGAACAAGGACAUCUUCCCGAAACCGUGUGGGAAUUUAACUGACAGCGAAAAGGAGAUACAGCAGCUGCGUGGUGGAACUCGCUCGGAAGGUCGUCGUACGCCACGGUUGAAGCGCAGCAGUGCCAACAGUCGCAGUGCGGUUUCGAUCACCGCGUGCAACAGCGAACGGGAUCUAGAUUCGCUGUAUCUGCGUACGGUUGCCUCGAACCAACCGAAGGUAGCGGAUGGUCAGACGCAGUAUGCUCAGCUAAAGCUAACCACGAAGGUGCUCAACACGGUAGCACCUUCGGUAAAGUCGGAAAAAGCAUUAGCGAUCGAGCAGCUGGAAAAGUUGAUCUGCUCCGGCAGCGGUGACUAUGUGCAUCUGCUGAAGCAGCAGCAGCAACAGUUGCUGGCGAAACAGCAACAGUACAUUACUCAGCUGCGCCAGCAACAACUCUGCAAAGCUGAAUCUCCACCGAUCGGGAAGCAUCUGUCUGGUAGUACCGUACCGGGAACCAAAGUCAUCAAUGGUAGUAAUCAUCUGCGUAUUUCACUCAGCGGCAUAACGAAUAAUGGACCGUCGUGUGUAGCAGGAAGUGGUACGGUGAACGUUUGUUCACCGGGUGCCGCUGCUGUCCGGCAAACGUUGCUUGCCAUCACGGAGAACUACUGCUCGGAGGCUGUAUCGGUGCACAAGGGUGAUGUGGUCACGCUGCUCGCCUGCAAGGAGUAUCAGGAGAAGGGUUUGAAGAACUACAAACAGUGGUUCUUUGUCCGGACGCGGGAUGGCCAUGAAGGAUAUAUACCGGCCGAAGCGGCUGGUCAUGGGUUUCUCUAAAAGCGGCUACCUGAGACUGUAUCUUUAGUAGGCAAAUGUAAGACUUUCGUAGUACGUUCUUUGUGGUAGUCGUCUUUAGAUAGCUUAAGCGUUACUGUUUAACCAAAUGAUAUUUAAAAAACAAGCCCGUAAAUUCAACAAAUAAAAUGCAUGAACGAAUAAAUAAUUGUCAUAAAU